AUGUGUUCUGUGGUCGUGUACUACCACAUCCUUAAAUCAGCUAAGAUAUACCUGUACUGGAACAGCAUUAUGAUCGUUGUCAACAUUGCUCACAUGAUAUGCUCGAGCCUACGUCUCUGCUUCAUUUUGGAAUCGGCGGCUGGUCCGAAACUACACUCCAUGGACUAUGCACUGCUCGGGAUGAAUUUGAUCUGCUUCAUUGAUAUCUACGUCCGGUUCAACACUGGUUACAGAUGUGAUGAAACGCACAUCGUGGUGAACAGACGACGCAUCAUUUGGCAUUACUUGCGUGGCUGGUUUACUAUCGACUUGAUCUCAUGUCUACCAGUGGCUUACAUCCUCCUCAAUACGAGGUUGCACUCCUACAGGUACCUCCUCAUGGGGCAUCUCAUGUCGAUACUUCGAGUGCUGAGGCUAGCAACUGUCGUGCGCAAUUUGAAGACAUUUAUGCUGAUUUUCACAGACUCGUAUAUCUGGCUUCGCAUCAUUCGCCACAUCGUACUGCUUGGAUUCUCAGUUCACUACUCGAACUGCAUCAUUUAUAUGCUGCCGGUACUGACAUACUACUGGAACGGGGAGAUAUGCGACAAAUAUGCGCUGUUCUUAACGUCAAUAAACCCCGACUUGACAGCGUUUCCCUGCACCGUGAGAUAUAACAAAGCACUGUUCAUAACCGUGUCGGCCUUGGUCGGAGUCGACCCUUCUUCAAUGGUGAAAUUUAAAUCUAUGGAAGAAUUCAUUGUUUACGCCCUAAUCGUGUUUUACCAUGCCAUGUUCAUGGUGUAUACAGUGGUAUUCCUAUUGAAAAUUUACAUGACAGCUUACAGUUCGAUGAUGCGCUUUCACGAUCUCAUGAGCCAAAUGGAGGCGUACAUGCAGCACAAGCAGCUACCAGCGCAGCUCAAGAAACGCCUGAGACAGUUCUAUAGGUACAGAUACCAAGAGCAGUACUACAAGGAAGACGACACGCUGGAGUGCCUAUCAGACCAGCUCCGCCACGAGAUAACACUGCACACGUGCCACAAGCUGGUGGACCGGCUGCCUCUGCUGAAGGGGCUGCCGGCGGGGGUGGUGGGCGCCGUGCUCGGCUGCCUGAGGCCCGAGGUGUACCUGCCCAACGACCUCGUGAUGCGAGCAGGGGACACUGGCCACUGCAUGUACUUCGUCGCCAACGGCACCGUGGCCGUCUACUCGCUGAAGGGGGCCGAGAUUUGCCAUUUGGAGGACGGUGACCACUUCGGCGAGGUUGCGUUGCUGAUGAGGGACAGCAAACGCGUGGCCACAGUCGUUUCGGUGGAGAUAACACAAGUGUACCGACUCGACGCCGCGGAUUUUCGACUGAUCGUGAAGUCCAACGAUGUUUUGUACGAUCGCCUACAAGUACUUGCGUCGCAACGUAUGCACGAGACCGUACUAAUGGACGAUGAAUAUCGCAGGCGACGCGAUGGUACCGACGAUCUGGAUGCUUCCGCCCUUAGACUAAAC